AUGAAUAUCCUCUUGAUCUGUGAAGACUACCAUUUUGUCCUUAAGGAAGAUUGUCCUCUAGUGCCUCUCGCCAAUGCCAUUAGGGCUGUGACUAAGCGAUAUGAUCGCUGGGUCAACGCCAACAACAAGGCCUACUGCUACCUGUUAACAGCAAUGAAUGAAGUGCUGAGAACUCAGCAUGAAGGCCUUGCGACUGCUAGAGAGAUCAUGGACUCACUUCAGAGGAUGUUUGGACGUCCAUUUAAUUCAGCCCGACACGCUGCUGUCAAAGUCGUUAUGAAUAGCCAUUUGAAGAAUGGUUCUUCUGUGCGUGAGCAUGUGCUUAAGAAGUUUAAUUAUCUUAAUGAAGCUAAAAUUAAUGGGUCUCAGAUUGAUGAGAAGACUCAGGUUGACAUGACACUGGAGACACUUUCUCCUGAUUUUCUUCUAUUCAGGACAAGUUAUCUGAUGAACCAAAAGAAUGAUAACUUGACUGAGCUCCUGAAUGAGCUGCAUCAAUUUGAGUCCCUUAUAGGUGAUAAGGGAGGCAAGGCAAAUGUUGCCGAAGCCAACGCAACCGAGGGAAUGUAA